AGUUCCAAUGUUGUUUGUAGCUAUGGACUUUAAAACGUGUUAUUCUGCUUUUCAAUUGAUAGGGGCAGCUGUUUGCUGCUUUAAGUUAAUGAAACUGUCAUGUUUUGUUUUCGAAAAUAUCAGCGUUAAAAUAAAAAAGAAAUGCGGAUGGAGUUUUCGAUGGUUGAAUUUAGGGGAAUGGGCUGUAGUUACAGGAGGUACUGAUGGAAUUGGAAAAGCAUAUGCUCAGGAGUUGGCUGCUAAAGGCUUCAAUAUAUGUUUGAUUAGUCGAAACAUCGAGAAGCUUAUUAGUGUAGCUGAAGAAUUAGAACAAAAAUAUAACAUAAUGACGAAAAUUAUCAAUUGUGAUUUUACACGAAGAGAAAUAUACACAGCGAUUCAAGAAGAGCUCGAUGAAUUGGAAGGAGGAAUUGGUGUAUUAGUUAACAACGUUGGAAUGAGUUAUAAAUAUGCAGAAUAUUUCCAUGAACUUCCAAAUGGCUUAAAGGCCAUACAAGAUUUAAUAAAUUCCAAUGUCACAUCCUGUACAAUGAUGAUGAGAAUAGUGAUGCCUCAAAUGCUAAGCAGGAGAAGUGGUGUCAUUAUAAACAUAUCGUCUCUCAUGGCCGUUUAUCCAAUGCCUCUUUUAAAUGUUUAUGCAGCUUGCAAGGCGUAUGUCGACUACUUAUCUAGGGCAACACAAUUUGAAUACAAGAAUAAAGGACUUAUUAUACAGAGUGUUCUUCCGGGCUAUGUUGCAACCAAAAUGUCAAAUAGAAGAAUAAGUUUAGAAGUUCCUACAGCUGAAACUUUUGUGUCAAAAGCCAUUGAAACUGUCGGAGAAGAAGAUCAUACAUAUGGAUAUUUUGCACAUAGAAUCAGGGGUUUUGUUCAUGAAUGGCUAAAAGCAAAUAUGCCAACUCGUGUAAAUAUGGCAAUAGCUAUGUAUUACAUGAGAAAAAAUAGAGAAAGUUACUUCAAAAGAUUACAGAAAAGACGAAAUCAAGAUAAGUGAAAAGUAGACUUUAUUUUGUAAAAGUUCACUCUUUUGAGACAAAUUGGAAAAAAGAUUUGUGAACAUAUAUCAUUAAUGAAAAAUGGCAAAUUGUUGAAUUCAUUAAAUUAAUGUUUUUUUAUAAAAAGAAAUAAAAUAAAACAGAUUUUAGAUAUCUUUUAAAAAGUUUCCAGUAUACAUGACUAUACAAACAGAACAGGACUAGGUAAACACUCUUUCACAUAUUAGCUCAUUCCAAGAUGUUUUCAAAAUAGAAUACUGAUAACUAAGCGCAUAUUUUUUCAGAAAGAAAAAUAAUACAGUCAGACCUGGAUAUAAGGUCACCCCUUGAGACUUCGAGAAUGUGACUUUAUAAGCGGAGUAAUCUUAUAACUGAUUCAUAAACUUAUCAGAAAAAUAAAUUCUAAAAUAUGUUGCCAAAACUAUAUCACUUGAUUAAGUAACGAUGUUUUAAUUAAGUUGAGUCAAUUAAAGUUAGAAAUUAGGAAAUUAUUUGUUAAAAUUUUAAUUCAGAAAAAAAUUCUGUACAAAUUAAACGCAUCCGUCGUAAAUGUGCUUACGAUGGACACGUAAACUAUGGGGGACCUGCCUUCGAAAUUUGUAUACAUUGCUAAAAGCCAUCUCUAUUGACCUUGACUCUUAUCUAAAAACUGUCACCCCAAAUCCGCAAAGCAUGAAUAGGGACUAACAUUAAGCAGCCAGAGGAAACAUAACUUUAUUUUUACCUGCAUUAAGGGGGGGGGGGUGAAGGAUCCCUCCUACUCACUCCAGUCGUCUUCUCUCUACAGCAUUCCCGUGUCUCUACUCGCCUUUCUCCUAGAAUUUGGGGGGAUAAAGAGUUUCGUGGAAAAGGUUUUCCUUUCAUUCGUUGAGCAGAUGGCAUUUUGUCGAUAAAAGUUCAUGUACUAGGGAAAAUUCGUGGACAGUGAGGCUCUGAAAUCACUCAAAGAAAGUCAGACAAAAAUGACCUUAUAAGCGAUGGCGAUAUUUGAGACCUGACCAUAUAUCCAAUAAUCCAUUAAACAGAAUCCCUAUUCAAUGAGUCGGGACUUUAAAGGAAAGUGACCUUAUAAUGCGGGGUGACCUUAUAUCGAGGUCUGACUGUAUACAUUAAAACAGAUCUUUAAAAAAGUUCAAGCAAUAAAAACUACAAUAAAUAAUAGAAAAGUUGAAACAGAACAUUGUAUUUAAAAAUCUGAAUCUUUCAGGACUUGUUGUAUAAAAGAUCCUGAGAAAAUUCUCUGCCUUCCCACAAAAAAAAAAUCUAAAAUGACAAGCAAUUGUACUAAGUUGACAAAAAUAUAUAAAUAUUAUUGCACAGUUUCUUUUUCAGUUAACACAAUUUAAACUUUAACUGUACAACAGUAUGUUAACAGAAAAAUAAAUACAGUACUGUCUGAAAUAACACAAAAAUUUUACAAAACAGGAGAAAGAGAUAACAGUCACACAAGAAUGAAUCAUUUUUUUCUCCCACAAAAAGGGAGCCUCAAUAAGCAUAAAUUGCCACUCGUUUCACCGGCAAAAAAGAGCAUUUUUUUUUAAACUUCAUACAUUUGACAUACACACAACAUAAGCUUAAUGUUUUUAUUCACAUUAACAAUACAACAAAUUCAUACUUUGAACUUAUUAACAAGUCCACAUAAAAGUCCAUAAUUUCAUCACCAGGGGCUAAAAUUUUGAUUUUUAAUUGGAGAGAGACUUCUUUCCACGUUUUAUGGCUAAAGAGGAUACAAUUUUUUAGAAGGGAGAAAACAUAGCCAGUAUCUUUUGACUGUUUUGACAUAUUGUGUAUUCAAACAUUACAACAGUAUGUGUUUCUUUUUUUCUUUCCUUCUCCACAAUUUCAUUCAAGCAUUUAUUAUUUGCUAAUUUUUAUACCAGAAAUCUUACACAAAUAUUCUAAAAUUUGAUAAAUAUUUUAAGUUCUACUGAAAUAUAAAUUCAACUUUUGGUAGAGUAGUGUUAAACAGAAAAUUAGCAUUAGGGUUUGAUUUGUUUCUGUAACUUAAAAAAUAUAGCUUAACUUAAAAUAUCAAAUAAUAUAGACUCACAUUGAAGUGAUUAAUGUUAUAAAACUGCGAACGGAAAAAAUAGGUUUUGUUUUAAAAAAGCUGCACUACAUUAGAAAAAUUCUUUACAUGAUGAUUUUUUUUUUUUUUUUUCAUUUUCACUUGAUCAUUCUUAGCAAUAUUUAAAUAUGUUUCAUACUAAAAAAGUUUUUAAAUUUUCAGUAACAAUUAUAAAAACAGUUUGGUGCACUAUGAAGUAGGUCAUACUUGGCAGCAUAAGAGGAGUAGCAUUAGCAAUACUGCAUAACAGAUGUCAGCCACCUGCCUCUGUAUACGUUUUGACAAUUUUCUUUACAAGCGGCAUUCUGCUCGCCUGGACUUUUUUCAAGGAACAUAAUUGAAAGAUUUCAGUGGGAAUCGUGCCAUUUCACCCUAAGUCUUAGCCCCUGAUUAUAAGCUACACAUCAAGUACAUCUAACAUGGAGUUUUGUGCAUUAAUUUAGUGAAUUGUAUGCUUAAUUGAUUCAGUGGUAUGAUAUAGACAUUUUGAUCCUUGCAGUAUUUCUGCUUACAUGAUUAAUUGGACUUUUAAUAGUUAUUUUUGUUGCAAAAGUAACUAAAGCAUUGUAGAAAUGAUACUAACCUUAGCAAUACAGUACAGGCAUAGAUUAUGCACCUGUUUCAAAGUUGCAUGCAGGUUUAUAAUAAAUACAAAAUACUACGAGGCAAAUGCAUAUUGCAAGAGGACUUUAAAUUGCAUCACAACAAACAAUUCAAAAAUUGCAUUAAUUCAUACUCCUUUCUUUUUUUCCCUUAUAUUAACAGUUGGAAAUAUUUUAGUUUUAAACAUUUUAACUAUCCUAUAAAAGGCCGUACUACUCAUAUCAAAUAUAAUAAAAGUGUAAUUGUUCAAAGAAGUUCUAUAAGUGUUGUUCUUAUGGAUAUG